CAUAUGAACACAGAACACACUCCUGACUAUGCCACUGUGAAGUUUAUGAACCAAUGGUCCCCGCAUGCUAACAGAAAAUCAACUACUCUUCACUAACGUCCGUACCUUAGAAAUAGAAUUUUGCAUUUGGGGGAAAAGUCAAAAUCCCUAAUUCAUAUCUCUGCGCGCCUAAUUAAUCUGUUUUAGCUGAAUUUUGAAUCCCAAAAUCAGCAUCAGAAGCAAUACUCGAACGCGAAAAUGGCGGAAUUCGCGGACAACACGGAAGCCAUCAUCACUAGAAUCGAACAAAAGUCCCGCAAGAUCGAGAGCUUGCUCAAACAGUACAAACCAGUGGAGGCUUUGAAAACAGCUCUUGAAGGGGCGAUAAUGGCAAUAAAAGAUGUUGAAAGUUUGUUCUCGGCUCUUGAUCCUGAGUACUAUGAUGUCCUCAUGAAGUACUUAUAUAGAGGUUUAUCAACUGGAGAUCGGCCCACUUGUGAUCAGUGCUUAAGAAUUCAUGAAAAGCUGACAGAGAAAGGUGGAUUAGGUUGCAUAUUACGUUCGUUGACAGACAAUGUCAACACUGUUUAGUUUUUGAAUUGUCAUUAAACCUUUACCCAACGAUUUCUUAUACUGUAAUCAUGAACGCGACAUAAAGGAUAUGUUCAUUACUGUUGCAAAACUUUCCCCUUUGAAAUUUAGGGUAGGAGUGUAGGACUAUCUGCAUAUUUGUA